UGUUUUAAAUUUUCGAUAUCGAGUUUCCAGCGUACUUCUAUAUGAUUGGACACUAUUAUUAAAGGACUACUAGUCUUUGUAAUGUGACAGGAAGUAGUAAAUUUUUUAUUUAAAAUAUCAAAUUUGUAUCUAAACUAUUUUAAAACGUGAACGAUUAAUUUCUAAUUCUUUACAAAGAUAUUUAGUUGGAAAAACUUAAUCGGCGUUCGACUUGUAUUCGAUAUGGCGCUACUUGCUCCAUUAAAUUUGGCACUUUUUUCGUUUCUAGGGAUUCUAGUGCGUAUGCGCCUUCCAUUCUAAACGAAAUUCUCUGCGAUCUCGUAGUAUCCUCUCUACGUGUAGUCAUAAUUGUGUGCCUGUGUGUACUGUGCCGCUGACAAUGAGCAGCAGCGGCAGUGGCUGUGAUAAGUGAUCGUGUGUCCUUCCCUGUCGUGUUAAACGCGUAGUGGCAGUGGAGAAAGAUACUACGUCGAUCGAGGAAAGAGUGUACCUCUUGAUGACUCGUGUUUUACGUGGCGCGCAGCGUAGUCGGAGUUUACAAUUAUGUUUGAUGUACCGCCCAAGUUUUACGAGCUGUGUCGCCUUUGUUUAUCGUCGGACGGUGUCAAAUUGUCCAUAUUCGAGGAGGAAGGCGCCCAGCGAAAUUUCGCCGACAAGAUACUAACAUGUCUCUCAAUCACGGUAAAAGACGGUGAUUCUUUACCACCAAUCAUAUGUCACCGAUGUGUAUACAAGUUAGACGUACUACAUAAUUUUCGUGAAGUCUCGCAUAAAUCUGAUGUCAUAUUGAAACAGUACCUGGAUUAUGCCAAGCAAUUAUCAUCUAAUGAUAAUCAGAAAAAGUCUUUCUCCACUGCCAAAAUAGCAGGAUUGAAUCCAGUACAAUCUUUUAUUCAAUUAAAUAAAACCUUAUUUAAUGAGGAACCAAAUUCUCCAGCCAGCAUUAAUCAAAAUAUAAUACCUCAAACGCAAACACACAGAUUAGAGCUGCGUACAAAUGAAGUGUUAGAAAAUGAUAAUAUUAAAUGUGAACCAGAGGAUGAUACGUGUUCAUAUAGUUCAGAUCCAGAUAGACUCGAAAUUGAGGAUCGGGACGAACAAGAAACUGAAGGUGAAGAAAAUGGUUAUGAUAUGACAAUUAAUAAACGGUUAAAAUUGGAAAAUAAUUAUGAAAAUUCAAAACCAAAUACACCUGAUCAUAGUCCAGUUAAUAGGAUGGAUACACCAGAGAGCAAUUGUUCAGAUACGCAUAUUGACCAAGAAACUACAAAGCUGUGGCAAGCUCUUGCAAAUAAUAGGAAUUUGGAAAUAACACGAACAAAAGGAGAUAAAUUAAAUAAUGGUUUCACUGGAGAAGCAACUAAUUUGCUUCGAUCUUUAAUCAAAAAUAGACAAAUUGGUAUUACUGCUGUUGAUUCUGAUAGAAUAUCCACACAAAUAAGAUUUUAUAGGGACACUCAAGGAACUACCAUCGAGCAUUCAUUACCUGAUUCUUCUGUACUUGGGAAUUGUACCACUAUGUCGUGCAUAGAAAACAAGAUUACUUCUAUGGACAGUAAUCCAUCAAGUCCAGCAAGUAUUGGACGAAAAGAAACGAAAGGUCGAAGAAAACAAAGUUAUCCUAGUAAAGCUCCAACAAGCCCAGAUAUUGCUAAUUACCAACAUGAAUCUAGUGAAGAGCAAGCACAAGAUUUCACCACAUGGUCACAUAAAAUGAAAGGAAAAGUUGAAGAUCAAAAGCAACAAUUUGAUCAACAAACUGGUAAUAUUACAAAAAAAGUUGAUAUGUCUUGCACAAAUUGUGGUACUAUGACUACAACGAUCUGGCGAAGAAAUAUGAAAGGUGAAAUGGUUUGUAAUGCGUGUGGACUUUAUUAUAAACUUCACGGAGUCAAUCGUCCAGUUACUAUGCGAAGAGACACGAUACAUACACGUAGACGCAGACCUAAAGGCGAAAAACCAACACGGCAUAGAAAGAAAGGAGAUACGGUAAUACCGCCACAAUCUGAACAAAUGGACUCCGAAAGUGCCGAUAUGUUAGCAGCUUUGCGUCGACAAAUUCAACCUCAUCUCAUGAUGGCUGCAUUAACGCCACCACGUAUACCUGGCAGUCACGGUCCACCAGCUGCUCAACUUAAUUAUUCACUUCCUUUGCCUAGUUAUAUGAUGCAUCAUGUGAAAACUGAAGCUCAAGAGCAACAACAACAACGUCUUUCGGUAAAGACUGAAGAGACAGAGGACGGAGAUGAAGAAAAUGUUUCGGAUGUACCACUAAAUCUGGUUGCGACAUCAUUAGCUGAAGAUACGCAUUGAGAAAGUUUUAGUUUUUUGAAGACAUCGUUACUAGGUAUACAUAAGAAAGAAUCUCUAGACAGUAUGAUUGACCCAGUGGUACAUAAGGUGUAGAAAUUUACACCUUAUCUGUCAACAUAUUUAAUUAUUAUAGCUAUUUUCUUAGCUAUUCCCUCUUCAUGUCUCGAAAAAUUGAGAUGAUAUACAGUUGAGGUAUUUUCUUGAGCUAUCAGGCCCGUGGUACAAAGCGUAUGAUGGUAUAAUGAUAUUAAGCACACAGUAUUAAUUACAUGAUUACUCAAAAUGUACAUAUAUAUAUACAUACAUACAUAUAUGUAUUUGAAUACGAAUAUUUUUAUACAAAAUUUUCUAUGCUUUCGACUGGAGAGCGAUGGGUGAUCAUUGUACAUAUGUGCAUAAAUUGUUCUUUCGAUGUGCAUGUACUUUCGCGUACAUAAAGCUAAUCGUUGUCUGUUUUAAAAGCAAGAAUAGAACUCGAUUGCCAGUAAAAUAGCAUUAAACAAUGCUAGAUUACUGUGCAAGUAGUUUCGAAUGAAUAUGUUAUGAAGAAACUAAUUAAUAAAAAGAUGUUAGCGUUUUGUUCCACGGGCUUUUGGUUGCAGAUGACAUAAUAACCAUAAUACUCUCGUUGUUUUAUAUUACAGUAAGCUUUUUAUGAACAGCCCCGUUGAAUUUUACUAGUGUAUAAAAUUGUAUUUUUUAAUA